UGUAUUACUAUUUUCAAAAUACUUCAUUUAAAAUACAAGUUUCUUUGAAAAAGAUAUAGUAUUUUUUACAAAAGAUAAUAUAUAAGAAUAUCAUAAAGUAGUUUGUAUUGUAUUUUAGUAUUUAUGUAAUAUUAUAUUCAAUUAUGAAAUUAUUAAUGGAAUUUGUAACUUUUAGAGGAGGAUUUUGUGAGUUCCAUAGGUACAAAGUUAUUCCUAAAGAUUCUUGGAUCAAUAGUUAUAAUAUAAUAAAGUUUGAAAAAUGGUCUAAUAGAUUAGAUAGCUAGAGUUCUGAAAGAUAGUUCCUAAAUAGUAUUACAGCUUCCAAAAAAGUAUCUUUUGAAUGACAAUUUUCUUUGAAAAGUUAUACUAUUUUGUACCUUAGAAUAUCCUAUAUCAUAUACUAGUAAAUACUAUAUAGCAUUCUAGUAUCAUGGCUCUGGUGUCCACUGAAUCUAGUAUCUAUGUAUGGUUUCCAUUCACAGAUCUCUGUCAUUGCCCCUACGUCAUCCAGCACACUGCCACAGCCACAGCCAUGUGCAUAAACAUUUCUCAGCUGCCUUUUUCUCUGUUGACACAAAUCAUUCGCUGGAAGUGUCGCUCCCGUUUCCACCAGCCCCCUCUUCCUGUUGGCCCCCAUCGGCAACGCCCUCCUCCAAGCGUGGCACCUCCAUUACCACCUCUCCUUAGUCCCCAGCCCCCUCAGUCCCCAGCCGAUUCUUUCUUGACAAGUUUUGUGUUUGGUCUUGGUGUCCAAAUGCAUGGGAGGCUCGAGCUGGAACCGCUUUCGGAUGCCAUAUUCUGUAUUUCGUAUCGGUUACACUCGGAACUGGGCAUGGACGUGGAGAGCUUUAGACGAUAGCGAAAAUGUUUGUACAGUUAAGAGUUCUGUUCUGAGGCUGCUAACUGAAAAUUGUUCGAUAUUCCGCUGGUACUUGGACUCCUCGAGCCGCAAGAGGGAAGUGCUUGCUGGUCUGGUGUCUCUUUAAAUUGCUUUUUGUUUGCUCGGCAAUUGGGGGAAUCGUCAUCUCGGAGUGGGAAGUGGUUCGGAUACAUCCUGUUAUCUGUAUUCUAUAGUGUAUUUGCUCUUUAAAACCUCUUGUGUGAGUCCUUUGGUUUUAAUUUAAAAGAAAAUAUUCGAGAAGAAUCCUUUUUUCCCCCGACUGGGGCUGGGAGUCAAAUCAACAUUCCUUGCCAGGGCAUUCCAAACAUAAAAAAUGGCAGAACAGAGAAGAAAUAAGACGAACGAACGAACAACUUUAUGAACAUUUUUUCACUUGUCUAUUCGGUCCACUCCCAAACAAAGAAAAUAUGUAAUUCAAAACAUUGUUCAAGUGUUCCAGUUUUUAGUCAACGAGUGCGAGUACGAGUGCGAGUAUGUGUCUGUGAAGUUGUUUAUAAAACUUUUCCACCACACACUCUUCUUGGCCAGAAUGGAGGAAAGUACACAUGGAGACGGACGGAUAAGGAACUUGACCAUGUCGUUUGCCGGUUGCCGUUGUUUACCAAGCCGUUACUGGCCCGGGCCAGCAGCACUGAGGGAAAAUCUCAAAGGAUUAGUUUGAAAAAAAAAAAAAUGAAAAAUUAUAGGAUUUUAGUAGUGGAACUCACAAUUUUUCUUCUCAAUCUUGACUUCUUUUCGGCCUGUGUCGAAACUAAACCUUUUCCUUCCCGCCCCGGCAUCAUGAUGAUGGCCCAUGAUGACGAGCUCUGCGGUUGCUCCUUUUCCAUUUCCAUUUCCAUCUUGGAAUCAGCCCAGCCCAGCUCAGCUCCACCUCGCCUAAUGGACGUCUCCUUGUUUGGCUCUGCUCUGUCGUAUCUCGUUUUCGUAGCAGAAUCAGUCUCUAUAUGGGGCUCCACUCCACUCUGGGAUCCACCUUCCGUUUCCUUCCACUCCUGAUCCACUGAAAUUGCGCAAGCAAACAAACACAUCCAUUUUGCUCCCCUGCUUUUUUGUUUGUUGUUUGGACUCAUCCAACUAGCCGCACUAUCGGCCAUUGGCACUCGCCACUCUCCAUAUAUCAGUAGAGGAGGAUGCUGUCACUCCUCCUGCCCCAGCUCCAGCUCCAGCUCCUGGAAUAAAUUUAAAAAAAAAAAAGAAAAUCUUUUUGCAAGCCAUUUACUGAACCGUGUCCGAGCGAAAAGUCGAAAUGCUGUCGAUGGCGGUGGAAUCUAAACAUUAUGCAAAUGCUCUUUGAUAUUGUUGAAGAGUUUUGUGGCAUGGACAGUGUAAACAUUUCAGGGGGGGAUUGAUCAAUUUUGUGGCAUCGAAUGAAUGGGAAUUUCGUUCUGAAAUUUGUUAUAGUUCCUUUGUGGCGUGUUUUUCAAUUUGUAUUUUCGGCUGAGCUAAAAUGGGGAUUAAUGUUUUCAGCCAGAAAUGAAAUGAAAUGUUGAUCCUUCUCCUUAAGCUUCAGUAAACAAAACAAUGCCAGGCAGCAAUGCCUCGAAACCAGUUUCGAAUCCCAGUCAUAUGGCCAAGUUGGGGGUCUGGCCAAAUAAAGGAUGAGGAGAGAGAACGAAGCAAAAGCAAAUCGAAAAUUGUGUCAUAACAUUAAAAACAAGUUGGCCUAAAACCUGAACCUAUCCCACCGCAAUAAUGAUCAUCGGGCUCAUGAUCACGGUUACGGUUACGGUUACAGGGGGAUGUCUGGUUCGGGGGAGACCUGUUUCCAGACCAGCGGUCGGGAUGUUGGAUUAUGGGCAGCCUGUUUGGUUUGGUUGCCCCAAAGUGGGUCGUCGGCCACUGUCUUCUUGGCCAUGUGGAAUGGAAUGUGAUUUGUAGCUCGAACAAUGUGUGAAAAUGGUCCGACAACAACUUGACUCUCACCACCGCCUUUGUCCUCUGCUCUCUUCUCCUUUCAGCGAAUGUGUUUCAAUGAUGUUACUGCCUUCGGGGCGUUCGAAUAGUGAUGUCUAUCCGCUACAAAAUGCCACCAACAAUACGCCAGGAGGAGGCGGACCUGGAAAUGGAACAGGACCAGUACCAGUACCACUACCAGGAGGAGGCGCCCAGUCAAAGCCCUUGCUACUGACACGUACAUCGUCCCCACAAUUGACAACUUUGCCUACAACAAAUGGCUCCAUCGCCCACGCCACGCCCACCCGCUCAAACGGAUGCCCGUCACAGCCCGGAAUCACUACGAUAGCAACAACAGCCACCCCUCAACCACCACCACCAUCCCAUCCCGGAACGGAGGCGACAACAACGGACCUUGUCACCGCCGGGAUAGGUAUUGGUGGCAACAGCUCCGUAACCGGAAUAUACGGGCCACUUCUGGGUCAAAGUCAUGGGAGUGGCAUCGUUGGCAUGGCCGGAAAUUGGCCAGAAAUUGAUGGACACUUGGAGGCCAUACAGGAGAAGCUCAAGCCCGGCUGGACGGUUCAUGUCGGCAAAGAGGGACGACUCUACUACUGCAAUCACAUGACACAGUCCUCCGGCUGGUUACCCGCCUGCGAGGAUUGGAGCAAACACGAGGAGCUCUCCUAUGGCUGGGAGCGUGCCAUAGACUCCAAAGGUCGUUCCUACUACAUCAACCACCUUAACAAAACAACCACCUAUGAGGCCCCCGAAUGCAUCCGUUGGGACGAACAUCCUCCGGAACCACGCCACGUUCAGCUCCAGAGGAAUGCCAGCCUGGGAUUUGGAUUCGUGGCCGGAAGCGAGCGUCCCGUCAUCGUGAGAUUUGUGACUGAAGGAGGUCCUAGCAUUGGGAAACUGCAGCCGGGCGACCAGAUCCUGGCGGUGAACGGCGAGGACGUGAAGGAUGCGCCGCGGGAUCAUGUGAUUCAACUAGUGCGGGCGUGCGAGGCCCAGGUGAAUCUGCUGGUGUGCCAGCCCAUGGCUCACUGCGUCCUGCCCGGCAGGAAGUCUACACUCCUCUCCGCGGGCAAACGCGCCAAGCUGAGAUCGCGUCCUAGUCGAGUACGAUUCGCCGAGAGUGUGUGCGUCAAUGGAGCUCCCCUGUUUCCGACCUCUGCGUUUUCCCUGGGAGACAUCUGCGUGCCGCCCAUGGCCAACGUUCUGAAGGUUUUCCUCGAAAACGGGCAGACAAAGUCCUUCAAAUACGAUGCCACCACCACGGUGCAGGACGUGGUCAGCUCUCUGCUGGACAAGCUGUGUCUCUGCUGCGGAGAACUCUUCAGCCUGGUCCUGGAGCAUGUGAAGAGCCUGAAGCGGAACAAGCUCACCCUUCUGGACCCCCAGGAGUCGCUGGCAAGGAUUGCCGCUCGUCCUGGGGCCCACAAGCUGCGAUGCCUGUUCCGCAUCACCUUCGUGCCCAUUUCCGCCGCCGAGCUGGCCCAGAGGGACCUCCACGCCCUGGACUACCUGUACAUGCAGUGCUGCAACGACGUCAACCAGGAACGCUUCGCCCCGGAACUGCAGCCAGAGCUGGCCCUCCGAUUGGCCGCCCUCCACAUGCACCAGCACGCCCUGGCCAACAACUUUGCGCCCGCCAAGCUCACCGUCAAGCUCGUCGAACGCGAGUUCGGUCUGGAGCGAUUUGUCCCAGUGACCCUAUUCGAGGGCAUGAAGCGGAAGGAGCUGCGCCGCCUAAUCUCGCACUUCCUGAAGCUCAACGCCGAGAUGACAGGAUCCUCCAGCAAAGUUCUUACACAGCUGCAGGCCAAACUCCAUUAUCUAGAUAUAAUCGCUAGCUUACCCAGCUAUGGAGCCAAAUGUUUCAGCACAAACCAAAGAGAGGGCAUGGAGCGAGUCCUUUUGGUCAGUCCCCGAUUCGGACUCAGCCAGAUAUCCAGUGCCCGCAAUUCUGUGCCCCAACCCAUAUCCGCCAUUGAAGACUUCACCCAUGUGGUAGUUAAUCGCGAGGACGAUGUCACCUGCAGCGUCUCCAUUUUCAUGCUUGGAGAUCGGGCUGUAAAGUUCACCAUGGAAGAUCGGGAUGCCUGCGAGUUCAGCUUAGUGCUUGGAGGCUACUACCGUCUCCUUACAGGCAACAUGUUGAAUGUAUUGCGUGAGCGGGAGCCUCAGGAUGAGGAUAAUGCCCCUGGAUUCCUAGCACAGCACACUGUGCUCCCGGCUGGAUGGAGCUAUCUUUUGCCCUUCCACACUCGAGCGCACAGCGUCAGCUUCCUGAUGACGCCGCCCUACCAUCCUAUAGCCCAAAAGGGCCAGCUCCAGCACCAGUCCUCGAUCCAGGCACCGGCCUCCCUGCCCUAUGCCACGGACCUGGAUCUGCACAGUGUGAUGGCCACGGAACUGCUGGAGGAGGCGGCCAAGGACUCCGGGCUGAGUGACAGCAGUGGCAGCAACUACUGCGAGGGACGCAGCCACCUGGGCAGCCAGCAGCUGGAGGCCAAGAACGAGCAGGUGCUGAGGAGGGUCCAGGAAUUGCAGCACCUGGUCCAGACCUCCGAGCAGUAUCUGAGCGAACAGGAGCAAGGCGGAGGCGGUGGCGGAGUGGCCAUGCUGGAGUUCGACUCCGACUGCGACAGUCUCAAAAGCAGCAAGGUGUCCUCCACGGAAGAGUCGCAAGGUGGCCUGGUCUUGGGGUCAUCGGUGGGCAUCUCACCGGGGCAUCCCGGCAUGAAGCACAGUGACUCGCUGACCCUUCUGGCGGAGACCAUCAACCACGAGCUGAGUGGCAUCACCCAGGGCUUGAACGCCAUUCCCGAAACUGCGCCCGUUUCCUCAUCCGCUCCUGCCACACCAGCCACUCCCAAGAGGAAGCCCAGUCUCUGCACCACCUCCAGCCCGAGGCCACAGAGGAAACUGAAUGGAUUCAGCCAGCUUCUGAGUGACUUGCAGGCCUUGGGCACGGACUUCUCCCAGAGCGAGAGCGACUCUGAGUCGGUGGCCUCGCCUGCCCAGUCGCCGACGGCCCGGAGACCCCAGAUGAUGUUGCUCCAGGCGGCUGGAUCAGGGCCAGGGGCAGCUGCCAAGCAGCAGCUCUCGCAGCGCAGCAGUUUCGGCCUCCACAGUCCGGAUGGAACGCAUUUCGGGGCCGAGACCAAGGACUACAACCUGCGGGAGUAUCUCCAGCAGCUCAAGGAGAUCAGCAAUGCCGCGUCGGCAGACACAGAUGUGGCUGCCCGCCAGCUCUCCGAGAUUUACGGUUUCGAGGUGAGGGAGGACACCUUCAUUGAGACCGAUACGGAUCUUAUCGAUCUACGUUCCAUUCCGCCACCCCAAACGCCCGACGAGCUGGACUCCCUGUCCCUGAUGAACGCCGCCCCGCCAAAGGGUUUCGAGGGCAAGGCCGAGGAGUUGGACAGCUUCCUGCAGCAGAUCAUGGUGGCACCGCCCACACAGAAGGCCACACCCGCCAAGGAGCUCACGCCCGAGGAGAUAAUGUCGUUCAUUAUACCGCCGCCUCCGAACUUGGAGCAGCAGCAGCAGGUGGUGCAGCCAGUGGCCCAGCCCGAGGAGACGGAGUGCCUGUACAGUAACUCCGUGCAGGCCAAGCGGGAGUUCUUCCAGUCGGUGGCCAACGGAAACAGUAGCAGUUCCACCCCCCACGUCAUCGAGUACGCCACGGUGGAGCGGAAGAGCAAGUUCAGCUGCUGUCCCACCAGCAAGAAGGAGGAAGCGGACCAGGAGGAGCUGCAGCCACCACCCAGAACACCCACGUCAGAGCAGCUCUCGCCGCCGCCGGCUCGGCCCCCCAAGAGUGCGGAACUCUUGCAGAGGUACUCGCCCAAGAAGCAGGUGAGGAUUGCCACGAGCCCGGUGCUGCAGCCGGAGCGGCGAGAGCUCUGCCCGCCGCAGUUACCGCCCCGGGGAAGUCCCACACUGGACGGGAAUCAGAGUCCAAACCCAAACGCAUCUCUGGUGAGUGGCCCCAAGAAACCCCCGUUGCCGCCCAUCGCCAGUCGCCCGCGCCCCCAGAACGGAGUGAAUCCCGCACCGUCAACCGCACAAACAGCACCACCUGCCCACUACUCACCACCCAUACCGGCCACCGUCCGCCUGCCCCAGUUCAACAACCACCAGACCAACGGAACUCUUCCCAUGCUCCCGAAGAAACCCCAACAGCUGCACGGCGAGAAACUGUUCAUUAAAAAUGGCCACCUCAUCGAUGGCGAGGCGCUGCUGGCCAAAACAGAUGUGGCCAUGGCGGGUCUGCUGAUCAAGCUGGACCAGGUGGCGGCCCAGUGCUCGGCGGCCCAGGCCGCGGGCGGAGGCACCUCCAUCGACGAGGAGAAGUUCCAGCGGGCCCGGAACGAACUUACCGAACAAACCCUGGCCCUGGUGACGGCCAGCAAGUUCCUGGUGGCCUCCAUGUCGGACAUGACGCUGAUAACGCUGCCGGAACAUCUCACGUCCUGCCUGACAGCCAUCCGGAGGAUUACAGAGCUGGCGCAGGACAUGACCCGGCACACGUCGGCUCCUCUGCAGACCCGGAACAUAGUGCUAAAAGUGCACGAUGUGGCGAGCAGUUUCAGGGAGCUGGUUGGCGUGGAAAUAGGUCCUGUCGGAGCCGGCCAGCUGGCAUUGCAUGCGGAGUGUCUGGCCAAUGUCCUGGCCACUUUGCUGCGAUCCCUGCGAGUGUUCUCCCCAUAACCCGCAGGGAUAAAGGGAGAAGCCAGUGAAGCCCCAGACAGUAAGGAAAACGGAAACGGAAAUGGAGGAGAAAGCGGAAGCGGAUGUGGAAGCGGCAGUGGCAACCAAACCAGUCCCGACACAUCGCACGCUCGUCUGUCUAUGUGCAAGUCCCCGUACACCACCUACGUCUAAAAGUGCAUCGAACCCCAAACAUAUAUGUAUAAGUGUGUGUGUGCACCCUCAUAUCUACAUAAGUAUACAACGUUUUCGAAACUAAUUUACAGGUGAAGGGGCGCGUCAGAGAGUCGAUGGUCUGAUGGCUCUUCAGUCCUGGCCUGGCCUGGCCUAAUCCUCACCUGCCUUCGCUUUAAAUCACAACAACACUGCAAGUUGGAAGCUCAAGAGGGAGGCCUGCAAGCGGUGUGGUGGAAAGUGUGUAUAGAGUCCAUGGGAAAUACUACUUCAAGAGACAUAUCCUUGAACCAACGGGAAACUACCUUCUGAUAUUUUCUUUAUGAUAUUUUUUUAGUCUUGUUUUGGAGUUAAAUUUUCAAACACUGCUCAAAGCCUUAAAAUAUUCCCCGAUAUUGUAACUUUGAUACAUCCUUUAUAAGCUUUUGAUAAAGGUUUUUUUUCAAACUUUAUCCCUAAAUAUCAGUAGUUUCCAAGCAUAUCAAAAAAUAUCCUUAAAACCUAUGAAACGCACAACCACAUCGUCUUCGCGGUCUUCGCAGAAUACCAAACAUUACUUUUAGAUAAUAAAUACCAAUUUAUAACUCUAAAGAAAACUCUCUCAACUUAACGCAUGAAACUAACUCGAAUUUCUAUCUAAUCUCCAGAAGUAAAGUGAACUAUUUUUAACUAUAUUUAUACAUGUAUUACUCUCGAAUUGUUAGUACUGUACUCUGUAUACCGAAACCCCGAAAAACCAUAUCCCCAAGACCUAAAAAAGUCUGUCUAUAAAAGCCCAAUUGAAUAAAACACCACGACUUGAUUAUCUAGACCAAUUUAUAUGAGAAAAGUAUCGGUAAUAUGUUUAUUAAAUUAUGCUAUUAGUAUAUUUUCUUAUGUACAUAAUUUAUACACAUACCUAAUACCAUAUAUAUACAAGUACCAUAUACACAUUAUAUAUAAUAUUUAAAAGAAAAAAAAAAUUGACCAAACAAUAAUCAAAAUUUUAACUUGUGAUAUAAAACAUGAGAAAGUGAAAGGGAAGAAUUCGUUAAUAAUGACUUUUACAUUUUCUCCGUUUAGCAACAAACAUUUUAACAAUAUUAUUUUGUGUGUUCUUUGUUGUUGGACAAUAAAAUCUUUUUUGUUAUUGUUUAUGUGUCAUACUUUUGUUGUAGUUGUUGGUAAAGUACAAGAAUGCGCACUAAGUUGUAGCUUUAACUAAUUAUAUUACUGUAAACAAAUUAAACACGAGUACUAAAAAUCAGAAUGCUAUUAAAUCAAGAAUAAUCUUAUAAAAAUCCAACUAAUCGGUAAUUAAUUGUUUUUAUUGUGUUUACAUUUUUUGUUGGUUGAAACAAACACAUACAUACAUAUGCGAAAUAAACAUAACCACAUAAUACAUACAUAUGAAAUACACAAAUAUUAAUUAAAAUUAAUAGUAAAUAUUAAGUAAAACAUAUUCAAAUGUACAAUGUAAAACAAUGUAACUGUUUACGACAUAAAGGCAAAAAAUAAGAACUAAAUUCGAAAUACAUAUGAAGCUGUAUGGAAUAAAUUCAAUAAAUAAACCAAAGUAAAUUAAAUGAUCAAUCGUUUUCUGAUAAAUAUCUAUAUAAUACAAGGUUAAGUGACUUUUUUUUAUGCUGGUUUUGAACUCGCGCCAUUGAACCGCAGCCAACUUCAUGUGGAAUAGCUAUGAAUGUGACCAGGGAGUUACAAAAGUAUUGAGCUAAUUAUUACUGUUUUAACUUGCAAAUAAGUUUAUUUACUUGCUUAAGGCUCCUCAAAUCAUUAUUUUACUUUUAAUCAAUGUUUUGAAGCUUAUUGGAAAGCAUAAUUUCCUGUUUUUGUUUUUUUUUUAUCAAAAACUUUUAAUAUCUAUUCAACUUCUGAUUGAGGAAUAUGGCAUAUAGUUUCUGAUUGGGAAAUUCACCCCAAUCUUUUAAAAUCAUAAAGUUUUUUUUAUUAUAAAAUUUAUAACAAAUCCUUCAAAGAAUUCAAAGAAUGACUAUCAAAGAUUUUUGAUUCAAAUUUCAAAUAUAAAACUGAGAAUUAGUUCAAAAUUGGAAGCAUUCGAUCUGUUUUUGUGAGACCAGAAAUAAAAUACUACAACUUUCAAAUGAUAAUAGGGCAAAUACUAAAAAUACGUUUCUUUUGAAGGGAAAAUAUCAGCUUUCUGUUCCCCGAGGAAGAUUUAAAUCGAAUUUUGGUCGUAAAAUGGGAAAGUUCGAAAAAGACAGUGUUGCAAAGCCCGUGUGCCACCUUAGGGUGACCAAGCAUAAAAUAUAUUUCCCUCACAAAUCGAUUUACGGUAUUUUUGUGAAAAAUACCACGAUUAUUUUGGGGAAGAUUUUCGAUAAAUAAAUAUUUUCGAACUAGGCGAGACCAGGUAAAAUCGACAUAGACAGGUAGAAGGCGCUGCAGCGCGCGCUGUUUUCGGUUCGCAUCGUCAAAUAAUCCAAAAUUGUGAUCACAUAAAACAUCGGUGUACUCCUUCCUGGCUGUCGGACGUGUUUUUGAAAGUCUCAAAGUCUCGGGCAGAGCUGCGGCAUCGAGGAAUUUGGUGGCAUCGGGGACACUAAACGGACCGGAUCGAAUCGAAAAGCGUGGGUGCUGUGCGUUACGUUAAAUGCUCUGCCACAGAGUAGUAACCGAUUCUGGUACGGAAUCUAAUAUAUAGGGGGGCAGGAAUCGAAGAAUUUUUUAACGAAUCGGACGCGAUACGCGACCCCGAGGAGAAUCCAAGAAUCAAUCGAAAGAAAGCAAAUUUUGUCUUCCUGCUUUUUGGGCCCCGCAGAAGAAGAGAAAGAAAAGUGCGCAAAAGAUUUAUAUAGAAUCGGAAAGGAAUAUAUAUAAUACGGAAGCAGGCGGCG